AUAUAUUAAAUUCUGACUAGUCGACGUAUAGAAAUACUCCCGGUGCGAUUAAUAUUUUAUUUUAUACAAGGUUUACUGCACAAUACAUUUCUGGCUCUGGCCCUAUUUAUCUUGCACAUUACUUAAGCAUGAGCACCGAAGAGUCCAUAGAAAUCUGCGCAAAGGGCAGCGGUCGCGUGGAAACCGUCACCCUGCGCCAGAACGAACUGAUCCGAAACCUGCGCGUCCUGGUGGCCGUGCGCUUUGAACAGGCCAUUUCUCGGAUCAUCCUGGUCUUCGCGGGCCAGGUGCUAAGUGACGAGGGGACAAUCGACGGUAGGGGAAUCGUCUCCGGCGUCACUGUGCACGUCGUCUGCCGCGCGGAAGUGGCAAGCUUACCACCGACGACGCCGAACGGGUUCACAAAGCUUUCCAGGCCGAGCGAGCGCCUGAUGAGAUCCUGGCAGGCGGCCCACAUAGCCUAUCUUCAACAAGAGCCCGCUGCGCUGAGAAAUCUGCUACAGGCCGAUCCGCGAAUCCGGAGACUGCUCGAUGAGAAUGCGGCCAUGCGACAUUAUUUUAACAGCGACCAGAACCUACGGGAGAUGCUCGCAUUAGCCUUCAGCCCGGCGAAGCAGGAGUUGGGGCGCCGCCGCGACCUCCACAUAUCACGCAUGGAGUUUGUACCUGGUGGGUACAAGAUCUUGAGCCGCCUGAACUACUGCAUGCUACAGGCCUACGAAGACAACGUGGCCAUGUCCUUUCAGCAGGCGUCACAUGGCGCUAAGCCGACCUCGAAUCCCCAGCGAGGUCGCGAGGUGAAGGACCCCCUUCCCAACCCGUGGUUUCUCUCGCCUAGCCCCUCCAAUCCAAGGACAUGUGCUUUGGCCAGACGUAUAAUCAAAGGACGAGCUUCUGUUGCGCCUCUGCCCGACACUGAUAUCAAUUACAGGCAGAAAAUCUCAUCGAAAGUGAUGACUUCUGUUGCAACACAGACCAAGUGCGAAGACCGUCGUUCCGGUGAUGAGGGAACUUGCCAGCACUGCUACCACACUCAGGUGGAACAGUUGGCUCAAAUGGGCUACAGAAACCGUAAUCGUAACAAACGCGCUCUGCUGAUAUCUCUGGGCAAUGUUGCUUCCGCUGUAAGACUACUGGACCACUGGAAUCGGUUUUUGGAGGAAUAAACUACUACAUGUACUACUUUUGUUUUGUUGCUUGGCCGAGAGUCUGAGACGCCAAUUAAUAUGCACAAUAAAAAAUAUACAUACAUCC